AUAACUCAGCAUCUGCCAAUCACUAGAGGUCCCAAUAAUGACCUGUUUGGUAAACAACUAUAAACCAAGAGCAUCAAUUUAGCUCAACCUCCAAAGAACAACCACAAUCCACAAACUAGCCUCCCCUUCCCUCCACACUGUGGCUUAUUUAAGCACCCCAACAAGUCCAACCCUAACAACAAUGGCUACCAAGACAUCACAAGAGGAGCAACGAGCAGGAGCGGAGAUCAUCCACGGUGCAGAAGAGUGCUUCAACCACUCCCUAACACUCUUGCACGACCUCGGGUUCCCCCGGGGCGUGCUGCCCCUCAAGGACCUCGAGGAGUGUGGCCUAGUCCGUGAAACGGGGUACGUGUGGAUGAAGCAGAAGGCGCCCUACGAGCAUUAUUUUGUGGGGUCGAACACCCUCGUGAGGUACGACCGAGAAGUGACUGCCUACAUAGAGAAGGGGAAGAUGAAGAAGAUGAGUGGAGUGAAGAGCAAGCAGUUUCUUCUCUGGGUGCCUAUUGUUGAGAUGAGCAUGGAGGAGGCUGCAACUCGUAACAUCUAUUUCAAGACUCCUAUGGGAAUUGGGAGAUCUUUUCCUAUCACAGCCUUCAUGGAUGAAGAUGAGAAGAGCAAGUAUUUGGAGCAAGUCAAGGCUUAGAAGGGCGCAAUUUUCAUGAUUCCUAGAUUAUUAUAAUCGUGAUCAACUAUUUUAUUUUCUACUUAAGAAAGGUUUUAUGCUACUUUGUAUUUGACUUUUGCCUUACACUUAUUAUUUCGAUUUCGAUGUUGUGUUUGUUAAUUGCUAAUCAGAUGUGCUAUUUCAAAAA